GUUGUUCUCAACCCCGCAACUUGGUACGGCACCCAACCGUUCUAAUAGUAAGCGAAUCGAAUCAUGAAGUACUCAAGCUCCCUUCCCAUCCUUAGCUUCUUGUCCUUGACUGGACUUGUCGCUGCCAGAGUCGGUCGUCGUGAUACCGAUACCACCACUUCCUACACCACCGAAGUGUCUGGUUGCGAAACGGCCUUUGCCUAUGACCCCGUGUUUGGCACUUGCUUCUCGGACCUAGGCAUUGACCGUUGGGGAUGGUCCAUUGGCCCCAUCGCUGCAGAUGACUCUGCUGUUCACUCCUACGAUAUCUAUGCCGGAGCGGCGCAAUGCGAUAUUACGAAAGGAACCAAGGUCGGAAACCUCGAAUUUAAGUAUGACGGGACGACUGCCGAGGCCACCUACAAGACGUUGGAUGGAUUCAGCACCACCGAAACUCACUUUUACGUUGGAACAGACGUGCUCCCCACUACAGACGAUGGUUCCUACACUGUCUCCCCUGGGCUCUACACGAUGAUCCAUGACGACUGCGAGUAUCAUGACGUUGACUAUUACUCUCUGGGCUCCCUCUCUGACGACAAUGUCUACUUUGUUGCUCAUUCGGUAACCUGCGACGGCGCAGCCACACAGGUCGCUCCCGUUGACGGGAGCCCCGUUGCCGCCCCUGUCCCCGCCCCCGUUGCUGCUCCUGUUGCCGCCCCAGUUCCCGCCCCGGUGGCUGCUCCUGUGCCGGCCCCAGUCCCCGCUCCCGUUGCAAGCCCUGUGGCAAGCCCUGUGGCAAGCGCAGUCGAGACCAUCCCAGAUGGCUGUGGUACUGCCUAUGCCUUUGAUUCUACACUGGGUACCUGCUUUUUGGAUAUGAACAUGGGAUUUUCCCGCUGGGGAUGGUCCAUUGGUACUCUCGCUGAAGAUGCUUCGGUAACCCAUACGUUUGACGUUUACGCCAGUGCUGGCCAGUGUGUUCUCUCCAAGGGACUCAAAGUGGGAUCACUGACUGUUACGUAUGAUGGAAUUGAUGUUGUGGGCACGUUCAACGCGGACACUGGCUACUACUUCCAAGAAACUCACUUUUAUGCUGGAUGCGCCAAGGUUCCUGAAGAUAGCAACGGCAACCCGACCGUGGCUCCCGGGCAAUACACCAUUGCUCACUCCUUCUUGCCAGAGUCACACACUGGCACUGACGUAUGCGCCAUGACCGUUCCUGAUUAUUGUGAUAUCUACAUCAUUGGUCAUGCUGUCGCUUGUGGCGACGCUGGGUACCCUGCUCCUCCCAAGCCCGAAGAGGAGACACCUGUUUCUGCUCCCGUUGCCGCUCCAGUGGCUGCUCCUGUCGCUGCGCCUGUGCCUAGUCCUGUAGCCGGCCCUGUUGCUAUCGACGACAGGACUGCUAGCGCCCCUGAAGGAUGCGAGACUGCCUUUGCCUAUGACAGUGCAACCGGUACUUGCUUUCUCGACAUGGGCUUUGACCGCUGGGGUUGGACCCUUGGUACCUUUAGUCCAGAUGGCUCUGUAACCCGGUCAUUCGACAUGUAUGCUGGUGCUGGCCAAUGUGACUUGACUGCUGGUGAAAUCGUGGGUGUUCUUGAAAUUACCUACGAUGGUGCAACCGUUGACGUUUGCUACAGGAGUGCUUCCAUGUUCGGUUUCUAUCAGACCCACUUUUACGUGGUGAAGAGCAUGAGGCUAUUGGAUGUGAGACUGCUUUUGCCUAUAAUGCCGAAAGUGCCACCUGCUUCGAAGAAUUUGGAUUUGACCGAUGGGGCUGGAGUCUGGGUUCCUUUAGCGCAGACGCUUCAAAAGUCCAUUUCUUUGACAUCUAUGCGGGGGCUGGUCAGUGUGACCUAA